AUGUCUUCUCAAUUUUUGCAAACGGAGCUUGCAAACCUCAUUCAAGAGUCUAGACGAAAGAAUUCCGACCUGCGAAGUGCAGCAGAGCAAUCGCUAAAUGAGUUGAAAGCGCUACCCUCGACAUCCGAGGCGCAAAUAGCGGCAGACCUUGUUCGUAAACCGAACUUUGUUGAGCCAUUCGUCAUCGCUUGUCAUACUCGACAUGCAAAGUUGGCUGGAAUAGGCGUGAUCUGCCUGCAAAGGUUGAUUGCAUCUAGGGCGUUGCCAUCAAAUCGUUUGAAGGAUGUACUUGCAGGCCUGCGAGAAACGACGAACUUGAGUCUUGAUAUUCAACUCAAGAUUCUUCAAUCGUUGCCUUCUCUACUCCAAUAUUACUCUAAUGAGCUUAGUGGAGAUCUUCUCGCAAACACACUGGAAAUAUGUGCAACGCUGCAGGCAAGCAAACAGAUCGCUGUCAGUAGUACUGCCGCCGCUACCCUUCAACAACUGGUGGUUUCAACCUUUGAGAGGGUAUCUAGCGAAGACAAGCUACCUAAUGAUGCCAAAGCUACCAAGACCGUAAAGGUUGAUGGUCAGUUUGUAGAAAUAGGACAGUUUUCAUUUGACGCAUUACAGGUCCUGGACGAUCUUUGUUCCCUCAUUGAUGGCGAACAACUGCAAUUUCUGCGCACAAGAAGCCUCUCAGCUCCCUUCGUUCUCGAACUUAUCGAAAGCGUGAUACUCAACAGUGGUCGCCUCUUUGUAGGACAUCCCGAGCUGUCUCAAGUCCUGCGUGUUCGGUUAGUGCCAUUGAUCGUUCGAUGCCUAUCUGAGAGGACUACAUUCUCCCAAACAGUUCGAGUUACUCGGAUUCUCCUUGUACUUCUAAAGCGCCACAUGUCACUUUUGACCGCAGAAUGUGAAAUGGUCCUUGGUCUGCUGACUCAUUUACUUGAGCCGGAUGGAACUGCCCCAUGGAAGCGGAUCUUAUGCAUGGAGCUAUUCCGAGGCCUUUAUUCCGAGCCUGGCGUUGUUCGGCAGAUUUACUCGCUUUAUGAUGCAGAAGAAGGCAGAAAAAACAUUCUUCGGGAUCAUAUGGCCUCUUUUGUGCGACUAGCUUCUGAAAAGCCAUCAUUGAUCGGUGUCAGCAAUCAAUCCACAAUACCGUUGCGUGCCGACCACUCACGAUCUGUGACAGAGGAUCAGAUUGCUCUCGAGACUGGCGGCGUUGCAGGUGUCAUUGGAACAUCAGUUCCUCAGACUGAGAUGAGGGUCCCGGGGAUUAGCACCCAAUGGAGUGUCGUACGGACGCCUUAUAUCGAACUUCUUGAUAAAACAGAGCCAUCGUUGCCCCCGGAGACUUACAUCUACAGCCUUGUCCUGAACUGCAUUAGCGCCUUUGCUGAAGGGCUUGCCAAGUUUAUCCUUCCACUAACAGUCCCAGACCUGAAACAAAAACGAAAGAAUAGAUUGGCUAGUACUACUGACCAGGGGCCUGACUCGGCGAGGUCUUCUCAGGACCUUCAAUCGCCAGACGCAGGAAGAACCCAUUUCACGUUCCCGUCUAAGAAGUCGCCGGUACCAAUUAACCCCUUGGAUCUACAAUCCCAUAUCCAGUUUUCUGCCAUCAAAACCUGUGCUGGUAUCAUUGAUAAUUGUUGGCCUGCUGUGCUUGCAGCAUGCUCCACCUUUUUACACGCCUCCCUUGACGAUGAGUUUUAUCACAACCUUGUUCGUGCGUUUCAGAAAUUGGCCCAUGUCGCAGGUCUCCUCAGGCUAUCAGUCCCGCGGGAUGCCUUCCUUACAACCCUUGGAAAAGCUGCCAUGCCUGCAAGCACCGGUAUCUCUAAAGCGCAGACCCCCGGAGCACCAACUGCUGCAGGAUCUCAGGCUCAUGAUGACUUCCAGAAAAAACGGAAAAGCACCGAUUUUGCACGGACCAAUUCAUUGCCGGUGGAUUCAACUGGCUCAUCACUACUAGCCGAUGGUCCUCCUGUAUCUCUCAGUACCAGAAAUCUCCUUUGCCUCCGAGCUUUGAUCAAUCUCGGCAUUGCACUAGGGCCAACUUUGGACCAACCAGCCUGGUCUAUCUUACUAGAGACACUGCAGUAUACUGGUUUGGUCAUUGGAAUAUCAUCGAGUGCAAUGGUCAAAUCAGCUAGCGGUGCAGCAGAUAUCGCAAGCAUGUCAGGGAAUGAUAUUCCUACUGCAAAUCUCGGCACAGAAGUAAUUGCCGUCCAAGCCGCGUCUUCCAAGCUGUUUGAGAGCACCAGUGAUUACCCUAGUGAUUCCUUCCAGGACAUUCUGCUUGCCCUUCUGAGUCUUUCUUCGUUCACAGAACAGCGAGAGGAACAAGAGGAAGUUCAACAGUUGUCUGAAACACCCCGCUCGCCGCAGUCAUCUCGGCAACCUGGCCGCAUGCACCAAAACGCCCGGCGCGUGUCACAUACUGUAGGAAAAUCAAGGAUGCAAGAUGAGGAGCUCAAAUUUGUGCUAGACAAAAGCAAUGAAUUAGCAAGAGCAAAUCUCGAGAGACUUUCCUCACUAGACGCAGCAGAUAGCAACGCCUGGCAGCUGUUGACGCGGAGUCUAAUCUCAACUUCUGCGAACAUCACAAUUAGCCCAAAUCUCCGCCUGCAGGCCAGCGGAAUUUUGAACUCAUUGGUCUUUCUAACUAUGAAAUCAAGAAAUGACGACGAAGAAGAGACACAGAACAAAGUGCAGACAAGGAAUCUUCAGACUCUCAAGGACCAAGUUGCCUCUCUAUAUGCAUCUGAUCUGGUAUCUUCGAAGUCUCUUCCCAUAACUGUGGUUGAGAUUCACGAGCAGAGCUUGGAAGUUCUCCAAAACAUCCUUGAGCAGUAUGCAGAAACAUUCAAAGAUGGAUGGAACCUUGCAUUUGAUUUGAUAUCCGGUGUCUUCCAGGGUGUCGAAAAGGUGGAGAGCAGCGAUCAACUUUCUCUACCAACUGAGCGCAGAUCAUCGGGCUUGCCAUCUGGACCACGCUUAGUUCGUGCUGCAUACAAAUCGCUUCAUCUUGUUGCAUCUGAUUUCCUCGCAUUGCUGCCCGCUGCUUGUCUUUUGAGCCUCGUGGACUCGCUUUCGAGCUUUGCUUCUCAAACGCAGGAUUUCAACAUAUCCCUUACCACAACCUCGUUUUUCUGGACUGUAUCCGAUUUCCUACAGGGACAGAUCGAAGAGUUCUCUAUCGAGAGCCAUGUUGAUGCUUCUGUCAGCGAAGAAGCUCUCGGUGAUCUUGCCCAAAGCGAGGACCUGUCUGUCUCAAGAAAUUCUCUUUGGCUUUUGCUGCUGCUUCGCAAUGUGGAUGUUACCACGGAUAGCAGAUCGGAGGUCCGAAACAGCGCAAUUCAUACUCUUCUCCGAAUUUUCGAUGCCUAUGGGCAGCAGCUUUCUCCCAAAGCAUGGCGACUAUGUCUCAACAGAGUCUUGUUCUUGAUGGUGGAGCAAAUUGAGAGCACACUGAACCAGUCUAAGAUCGUGAAAAAUGAUCUCAAGUCGUGGGUGGAGACGACGGUCGUGAUGAUCAAUGGAGUUGCCAAUCUGAUGACGACUUUCUUCGAAACUAUUGCCAGCGAUGAGAAGUUUGACCAGUCAUGGACACGACUGCUGAAGUAUCUGCAAGCACUGGUUGACAUGCGGCUCCUUGAAUUUAGUGAAGCUACCUUUGCUAGUCUUUCAUCUAUUCUCAUUCGGGUGCAAUCUCCCACUGGAUUGAGCAAAGAUGCGCUAAAAUGCGCUUGGGAUUUAUGGACAAAUGGACAUCCUGCUGCUGAUGAAGCCAAACUUGAUAUCGAUCGACCCAAUCAAGAGGCAGCGCUGGCAUAUAUUCAAACGUUCCAGCAAGUAUAUCGUUUAUACAAAGAUGAUUUGACUACAGAGCACAUUGAAAAGGUCUUAGACCAUCUGCGGCUGCUCGUUUGGAACUCGGUGUCCCCACGCUAUUCUCCAGAUAUCGAGCGGCCUUCGGCUGUUCAAGCACUGGUGACGGAUUGUAUCAAAACUCUUUGUUUAGAGAAAGAAGAAUCCCAGGCUGCAAUUCUUUUGUGUCUUGCUGAACUCUCUGCUUCAGCACUGUUGCAAUGGAGUGCAGAAAGUGACUCGAGGAGACCUACAUUUGUGGCCUUUUCGAAGAACAUCAUUGACCUCAUCAGCUGGUACAUCACCGAAUUUGGUAUCAAGCAAGACAUUUUCACCAACAGUGCCCUGGCAACUACUCUCGAUCGUCUCAGUGUGCCAAUCGUUCAAAAGUACACAUGGCAAGGAAAAGACCGCGAGCCUUACCUGUGGCAGAAGGCCUCAACAGUGUCACUGAAUGUACUUCAAAUUGCAGUUCCUUACGUGGAAAAACGAUACACAGAGGCCAAUGCGUCAGAGAUAACUCGUUUCUGGCAAUGCGUCGUGGAUUCUACGCACGGCAUCGUCUCAGCCCGCGGUUUCCAAUCCCAGCAGCUACCAAACGUCCGCAUUCAAACCGACGAGGCUUUCGAUAUCGCCGCGUUCACCCGCCUCAAAACACUCAUCCUGCCUUCGCUCGGUGCAUCUGCCAUCGCAAGCCCAGUCCGCCGUGACUUUGCUUACGCAUUGUUCAAUUCCUCCUUCAUCUACCCGCCUCAACGACUCGAUCUCCCGGCUACUUCGAUCGAAAAGAACCCUCUUCAGGACUUCUACAAGGUCCGAUCAGGCCGUACUUUCGACCCGCCUCCAACCCUACGUCCCAGAAUGGCCUACGCACUCAUGGACACUCUCUUCGAGCUUGCGACUAGUGCAGAGACGAAUAAUGCAUUGACGCCAUCCCCGCAGACCCUGCUCGCCCAAUCCGUCUCUCCCUAUCUUCUUCUCCGUUGCGCCAUGUCCUUGAAAGCAUACAUUGCCGAUCAGCCUCUUCGUGGCCUGAUGCCCCAGCCUACGCCUGCACGCAAGGCUCUGCUACAUCUUCUUGUCCACAUGGUUCAGCUUCAGAGUGAGCCUUCCGCUAUUCCGGACCCGCCAGUUCUGAAGACCGUUUCGGCGAAGACUGGCUCGGAAGAUGAUUCCCCGCGUCACCAACGCAAGCAUCUCGAAUGGUUGUAUCCCCUUAUUGUCAAAGCAAUUCAGGUUGCGGGUAAAGAGCGCGAUGAUGGACAGGUCAUCCAGGCUCUUGGGCGGGUGUUGCAGGAGACUGGCCGUUUUGAAUAA